AUGCACCACGCGCUUGCGCUGCCAACGUCGGACAACUUCAUGGUGUUGCCGUCGACCACGUCCAUGUCGACGGUGGCGUCGCUCUUGAGCGAUGCCUUCAAGCACCUAAACGCGCUCGCUCCGAGUCACAACAGCGCUGCCGAGACGCUCGAGGACAAGUACGCCGACAUAUGGGCCGAGAUUGAAGCGACCAAAGCCCUCGAGAACAAGGACCGGCUGCGGCGAGCGUUCAGUGGCUGGAAGAAACGCGCGCUGCUCCUCUGUGUUGUCCGCAAGAUGUCUGACCGUGCGUACGACCGGCGACGCUUCCGCAUCUUUGUCGCGUGGCGCACCCGCGUGCGCUUGCUGCGGCGCAUUGCGGCCAAGUACCGGCGCGCAGUGGGCCAAGUGGUAGCCCACACGUUUCAGCGCAUGAAGCGCUUUGCGCAGCGCAGUCGCACGUUCUACCUCGCGCGAAAAGCACUUCGGCCAGAAACGUGGACAUGCGACCUCGUGGGGAUUUGGCUCACAGCGCUCUUCCGCCUACCCCUCGAGAUCGCUGCUUCGUGUCAGGUCUCGGGAACGGAGCUUCUCCAGUUGGGAUCCCGAUUGCACAUCGACCUUCAUCAGCCGUCGUCGUGGGCGGCCACGUCAUUGGAGCGCCUGUUGCCGCAGAUGCCGCUCUUUUUCUGCGCGUCCCACCACCGGAUGGUGCUGUUGGAGGCGAUCUCGGCGCUAGCGAGCCCCGUGGUGUCGCAAGCCGCGCGCGAUGCGUUAGCCCGCCACCGCCGGUCGCAGCUCGCCAUGGUCACCGAUCUCUCUAGUUUGCGGUAUUUCUGGGCCCAAGACCGUGAGCUCCUCGUGUACGUGCGCCGAUUAGACCAGCUGUCACUAGCGUCCUUUCUGAGCCUCGAGACCGACGGCCUUUUGCGCGUCUUCCAGCCACAAAAGCCGUCUCACUUGACUCUCUUGGCAGCGUGCCAAGCCCAGCUUCGCGACCACGACACCGUCGUACCUUUGCCGGCGUCACCGCCAAGAAGUCCGCCUACAUCGUCGCAGCCCUUGGACAUCGCUGCGUGGCUCACGUCCGUGCACCUUGCUCAGUACAUUCCACGCUUUUUCCAGGCGCACAUCGACUCGCGCGAGAAGCUAGAGGCGCUGGACCACGCGGCGUUGCGCGACCGCCUGUACAUUCACUCCAAGCUGCACCGCGACCGGCUACUCAAGUACAUUACGGAGCUCAAGCAUUUGCAGUCGCCGCCCAAGCACAUCCCGCUCAAGAAGGGCCACGUGCCCAUGGCUGCGUCCUUUCGCCUCAAGCUCGCGCUGAAUCACGUCGACGAGACGACGGCGCUGCCUGUGAAACCCAAGGUCGCUGGCACAGCCAAGUUGCAGAAGCAGCUGCGGGCACUCUUCUUCAGCGUCUGCCGCGCCAUGGAAGAGCGCGAGUGGAGCUUGGAUCAGCUCUAUGCCGCAAUGCAGUCGACGUCCGUCAGUGGCAUCGUGGCCAAGACGCAGUUUGCCCACGUCCUACGCGGCUGGGCCAUUGGUCUUUCCAGCGCCCACAUUCAAGCAAUGUGGGAGGCACUCGCGCGCAUGGAUCCAUCGUCCAAGCGGGGCGUCGGGUACACGGCGUUUAUGACUUUCUUUCUCGAUGUGCUCGAGCAGCGCUACGAGCUACUGGCACUGGCCAUCCAGACGCUCCAGGACGAAAGCCAUAAAGGCGAGAAGCAGCGCGAGCAGCUCAGUCAGCUCUUGCAGUCGGCGGGUCGCGCACGCCGUAUCUUGACGCUCGCAGGCGUCGACAUGACACGGCGAUAG